CCUCUUCAAAGAACCCCCUGAACCUCCUCUCAAGAUGCUCUCCCACAUUAGAAACCGCUUACCCACGUUUCUGGGAUUGAACCGGGAUGCUUUCAAGGGUGCACUCGGAAAAAUGGAAAUCCCUCAAAAACUGAUCUAGUCAGAUCAGUUCAAUGAAGGCCUAGAUCACAGUAUGUCUACAUGUUAAAAAAAGAAAUCUAGAGGUAAAAAAAAUUGUAAUACUCGCGAUCUGCCAGUAACCAUUAUUGAUAAAUUUAGGCUAUUCAUGAUCAAACAUGAUUUAUGGAUACUGCUUUUUGCCUUACAGUGUUUUAACAUGGUUUGUCAGUUAUAUUGAUAUGAACCGGCAAAUAGCCCUUGAACGCACAAUCAAGCUCUCUUGAUUGGAAACUUCAAAUGUCGGAGCGUCCAAUCAGUCCUUGAACGCAGCGCCCGGUCUGCCCUGGUGAAGCUUGUCGCUCAGCCAGCAGACAGAUGAGAGGGAACAGUGAGCACAGCAACAGGUUGGAGUUGUGGAAGUUUCUGCACAGUGAUUUGACCGCUUUGUUCUCUUAAAAGUCUGCAAAGAGGGUUUAAUUUAGUGCAAAUGACUAAACGUGCAUUAACUUGAUGGACCAAAGCGCAAGUUUGUUUAAAAGUUGAUUUACAUUUAAUUUUUUCCCUUAUUUUUCGUCAGGAGGAGCAUCCUCGGGCGUCAAGACUUGAAGGGACCCCCAGUGUACAACAGUUGACUCCGAAACUGGGCUCACAAACCUCCAGACGCGUGUAGCCCCCUCAGCAUGUUGUCCGCGGCUCUCCUCCUCGCAGCGCUCUGCGUCUUUACGCACCUGGACACUUUUACGCACGGCUGCCAGCUCCCGUCCGAGUGGCGGCCGCUGAGCGAGGGCUGCCGAGCGGAGCUGGCGGAGAUCAUCGUGUACGCCAAGGUCCUGGGGAUCCACCGGGAGCCCCCGGGCGGCGGGGCGGGCAGCCUGUACAACUCGCUGCCCUUCGGGUUCGGGUACGGGUACGAGGGCGCGGAGGAAGGGCUGCUGUACUCCGCGGAGGUGGAGCUGCUGUGCGACCAGGCCUGGGGCAGCAUGCUGGAGGUGCCCACCGGAUCAAGACUCAACCUGACCGGACUGGGGUACCUGUCGUGCCAGUCUCACACCGUGAUGGAGAACUACUCCUACUUCUUUUUCCUCAGGAUGGACGAGAACUACAACAUCCUCCCCCACGGCGUCAACUUCCAGGACGCCAUCUUCCCGGACACGUCCGAGAACAGGCGCACGUUCUCCAGCCUCUUCCAGUUCUCCAACUGCACCCAGGGGAGCCAGCCCUUCCACACCUUCAGCCCCGAGUGGGACACCCAGGAGGACAACAGGCUGCUGUGCUCCUCGGUGCAGGCCGCGCUCUUCGAGGAGGAGGAGCGAGGCCGCAAGCUGCAGGAGCGCCUCGCCGCGGCCGAGAGGAGGAACCGGCAGCUGAAGGAGCGCGUCCGGAAGGUGAAGCGCUCCCUGAGGAACGCCCGCAAGGCGGCGCGCAAGGCCGAGCAGGAGGCCCAGGAGCUGCAGGAGAAGCUGAGGGCCGCGCAGCGGAGGGCGGGGCACCACAUCAACGCCAUAACGCAGGAGGAGCCUCCGCCCGGGCGCUACGCGAGCGCGGCGCUGCGCCAGGGAGCGCAGCUUUAACCGACUCCCGCCUGCCACCCACCGAAGCUGCCACCCACCCUGGACUGAACGCUGGCUGUGGAGAGAGAGAGAGAGACUGCUGGGCGGUCUCCAUGUCACGGACAAAACAAAUAGCUAACUGUCACAUUACGAGUAAACACACUUUUAACGCCAUAAUCUGCGUAGUUUUCCUGUAAAUAAACUACUCUUUGUUUCCUCUGCAUCCCCUCAUUGACGUAACACACGAGCGACGGUCAGGGCUUCGCUCGCCUCCUCGAUGAUCUCUUGCAGGCGGAGCAGCACUUCAUCGGCCGGACUCGGUCGCCGCUCAGAGCUCCCCGCGGGCCGCGAUCACACGCUCCAGCACGGAGCCCAGCUGUGUGCGACAUCAGUAACAGCGGGAGCUUACCAGAGCGUAAAAUGCAUUGUUCUGUUUCCCAACCUGAAGUGAAAGUAUACAAAAGUGAUAGCAGACCCCACCCCCCCCCUCCAUCGCCCCAAGUGGUGUUAUUGCCGCCGCUGUAGUCGCCAAAGACAACAGGAUCGUUUCCAGCUUCCUCAGAGUCGCAACUACCGACAACACAGGACGAAAUGCGACUUUAAUCACUCAUUUAUUUAGCCUAUAAUGGAGACGUGAGAGCAGACGGUGCCGAUCAGCCUGCAUUUUCCGCAAUGGUGUCAUUAUUCCAUAGCCACUGCAUUGCACUCCAACGUAAUCGAUACAUAAUGAUGAGCUGAAGCAAACAACUCUGCAGCUGUUGCAGGUUUAAAGAUGAAACGCCGAAACACUGAGAGGAAAAAGUGAUGUACUGGCUUGUUUAUGUUGGAGCCGGAUGACGAGGACUCGGCUACAGUCAGUUCAUGAGUCAGAUGAGGUACCAGUCAGUCAGGCUGUGAAAACAGUCGUAUAAUACCUUAUGCGGCUGUGCUGGAGCUGUGUCCAGAGAUGUGGGGGGGGGAAAAAAAAAACAGAGCCAGAGAGUUUUACAUGUUACAACUGACCACGGGGGGGAUGUGAAGUUUAGAAGGGAUCAGGCCCGAUACCGUGUUUUCCUAAACCUAACCAAGAAUUUUAGCCCCCUUAACCAAACCCUAGCCAAACUGCGAGAGAAAACUGCAAAGCAAGGAAAAUAAUGAGUGACCUCAGUGUGAAAAAUGACGACGUGAGCAAUGUUGUAAUACGCACCGAGGAGAAUCAGUCAGAAUCAAUCAAACCGCGAAGGCCGGCAGCCAAAACAGUGUGCCGAAAGACGCUAAAUAUGCUGUAGAGAUGAUUUUAUGUAACCACGGCCUGAUGAAGCAAUAAUAAAAGAUGAUGUU